UCCCCCGUCCCCUGUAGUGGGACACUUGGCAACAGCUUAAUAGAAACUUGCAGCUGCCAAUAACAAGAACAGACAAUUUCUAUCUGCUUGUAUCUCAUUUUUUUUCUGUAAUUAUAUGCUAUUAAUACUUGUUUCAAAUUUCUAAAUUUGGACAAUUAGUCAAUUAUUAGCUUUUACUAAGUGCAUAGAAUUUUUGAAAUUCUUGAAAUUUUUUUUUUUGACUUGGUGGAAUCAUGCUGUUUUCUUGAUCACUUCAAUUCAAAAUACUUUUCAUGUGGACUCAUUUGCACUGGCUUUCUAAUUUUGAUUCUAUAUUCAAUUAUCUGAUUUGGAUUGAGUUAUGGUGGGCUUCUUGAAAAUCAGAUACAUAUGCACAUUUACAUGCAUCUAUAGGUGUUGGGGUUUAUGCACAGAGAAAGAUAACGAGAGGUUCAGUGUUAGAAAUUAGAUUGAGCUGGCUUAUUUUGGUCAUAUGGUAAAACAAUUCUCUUUAACAGUGUUGUAAGCUGCCAGUUUGGUUGGAAUGGGGAGUAAUUUUAACCUCAAGAAUUUUGGGAGUGAUCAACCAGCAGAUGGAGGUGGUGGUGGAAGGCUACCGGGUAAUUUUCCUUUGACACGGCAGUCCUCAAUUUAUUCAUUGACUUUUGAUGAGUUCCAAAGCACUAUGGGGGGAGUUGGAAAAGAUUUUGGGUCAAUGAACAUGGAUGAGUUGCUGAAGAACAUAUGGAGUGCCGAGGAGAAUCAGAACACGGGAUCCACUAGUGGAGAUGGUGGCCAAGAAGGGGGUGGCCAUUUGCAGCGGCAGGGAUCUUUGACUCUUCCACGGACUCUAAGCCAUAAGACAGUUGAUGAGGUGUGGAGAGAUAUGUCGAAGGAGUAUGGUGGCGGGAAGAAUGAGAAUGGUGGUGUUAAUAGCUUGAAUAUGCCUCUAAGGCAACAUACUUUAGGGGAGAUCACACUCGAAGAAUUCUUGCUGAAAGCAGGCGUAGUAAGGGAAGAUGCCCAGUUUGCUGGAAAGCCUACCAGUAUUGGAGUUUUUGAUGGUUUACCUGGCAGUAGGAACAAUACUGGCUUGGGAUUUCUCUAUCAACAGGCUAACAGGAAUGCAGGACUGAUGGCUACUAGUAUUCCUGAAAAUAGUAAUCAUAUUGCUAUGCAGUCUGCUAAUUUACCAUUGAAUGGGAAUGGGUUCAGAUCUGCCGCACAACAGAUGGAGAGUCAACAGCAAUCGUCACAGCAGCAGCUCCUCCCUAAUCAGCCUGCCUUGGCCUAUGGAGCUCCCAUGGGUAGGAAUCAGAUUGCUAUGCAGUCUGCGAUACCAUUGAAUGUGAAUGGGGGGAAAGCUGCAGCACAGCAGCUGGAUAGUCAACAACGGCCGGUGCCGCAGAAGCAGCAGCACGAGUUUCUUCCAAAGCAGCCUGCGUUGCCUUAUGGAGCUCCCAUGGGUAUUCCGAGUAGUGGACAUUUGAGUAGUCCAGCAACUAGGGGUGGGAUUGUUGGAAUUUCAGAUGCAGUGCUGGCUAAUAAUUUGGUUCCAAGUGCAGGCCUACAGGGUGGAGGGUUGGGGUUGGUUGGUUUAGGAACUGGGGGUGUUUCUGUAGCCACAGGAUCUCCAGCUUUUUCAUCAGAUGGGCUUUCUAAGAGUAAUGGAGAUACAUCUUCCGUAUCACCGGUCCCUUAUGUGUUUAAUGGGGGUUUACGUGGCAGGAAAGGUGCUGCUUUGGAGAAAGUUGUUGAAAGGAGACAGAGGAGAAUGAUAAAAAACAGAGAGUCAGCCGCAAGAUCACGAGCUCGAAAGCAGGCAUACACGAUGGAGUUGGAAGCAGAAAUUGCAAAACUGAAGGAGGAAAACCAAGGACUGCAGAACAAACAGGCAGAAAUAAUGGAAAUGCAGAAGAAUCAGGCUCCGGAGAGUUUGAAGCAGCAGGACGGAGCAAAACGACGAUGCUUGAGACGCACCCUGACGGGGCCAUGGUAAAUGUAUUUGUAACUGACGUAUGUAAAUAUUUUAAGAUACUGCUGUAGAUCGUAAAAAAUGAGUAGUAUUUGCUGUAAACCGUUCGUUGUUUUGUAGAUCCUUUUUCACUGUUUUUCCGUGGAUUUUGCGCUCGCGUUCGCAAUAUGUAGGGAGACCGGUAGACCUAAACAACAUACUAUACUGUGAAUUAAAGCUUAUUUCAUCAUA